GUCUGCCGCUUCCACGCCGCCGAUGACGUCUGCCGCUUCCACGCCGCCGAUGACGUCUGCCGCUUCCACGCCGCCGAUGACGUCUGCCGCUUCCACGCCGCCGAUGACGUCUUCCUCCACGCCUGCCUCGCCGAUGACGUCUUCCUCCACGCCUGCCUCGCCGAUGACGUCUUCCUCCACGCCUGCCUCGCCGAUGACGUCUUCCUCCACACCGCCGCCGAUGUCAUAUCCUCGUUUCCGGCGAGACGCACCAUGGCGCCAAUCACGUCCGCCUUCCCGACGGCCAAGAUGGUGGCCGUCCCUUGGUCGCCCGCCUCGCCGGCUUCAGCGGCGUUCUUCUCGCCGCCGCCAUCAGACUCGUCCUCGGUGGAUUCGGGGACACUGGGGCCGGCGACCCACCACCAGUUCUCCCCUCCACCCUCCCUUGUUUCGUGAGUAUGUUGGACAUCUGGAAUCUGUCCAUAGGGGGGGGAUACUGUUACGGCUCAGGCUCCUGCCAACGCCGCUCAUCCGUCUGUGCGCACCUCGGGACACGCCCACUGGUGCGCACAUCCAGGGACGCGCCGCGCGCGUCUCCGCCCUGCUGCAGCCACCAGCUGCAAUCACUCGCUGGCAAUCUGCACACCUGCGACUGAUCAGAGCGAGAUCAAUAAAGGACCAGUGGACCCAAGGAUCGUCGCGGGAACUUAGUUUUUCUCAUGGUGUACCUGCCUUCCCGAGUCUUCCCUCCUCGAGAUCUCCCGUUGUUUCCCCGGUGUUUUGGACUGCCUUCUUCGUUUCCCAACUCCUCACUCGCCCCUGGACUCUGACGUCUCUCUCUGCCCCACGGACCCCUCGCUGAACUUGGACCCCUUUUGCCUUGCCCUCUUUGGACUUGUCUGCCUUUUCUCAUCAACACUUGGUAACACACUUCAGAUAUCUACACACAUAGUCUUACACUACACACACACUCUUGUAUUUUAGUCACACACUCUAUUUCUAUAGUUUAGUUGUAAAUGUUUAUUAUUAUAUAUAUUUAUUAUAUAUAAUAAAUUAUUGUAUAUACUGCCCCCUGGUGU